UCUCGGGGUUUCAGCAGUCCCUCUGACACCACCAUAGCCCCGGGAGCAUGGAGCCUGGGCUACGGCCGAGAUCCGCUCGCAGGCAGCGUUCUGAAUAUUGAGCCGAACCAGAAUGAAAGGAUUAAGCGGGAGACUCUAACCCAACUGGAACGUCAGCCUGGGCCGAGGGGAGCCCCAGCAGGGGGGACAGAAGAUAAAAGGAGUUUUUUUGCCCCUCUUAAAAAAUGUCCACCUGGUUUUCGCAUUGAUUUACAGCAUGCAGUGAAAAUAGAAAAGCCCCAGACAGGAUCAAGGGGUUAGGCCAGCUGGGUGUCUCAGAGGAUCGAGUGUGAGACUGAAAGCCAAGAAGAUCUGAUUUUGAAUCCUGCCUUCAUACUCUUUACUGGCUGUGUAACCUUGAGCUAUGUGACUCACUUAAUCUUCCUAAACAUCAAUUUCUUCAUCUGUAAAGUGGCAAUGGUAACAGCCCCAGCUUCACAGAAGAUAAUAAAGAAGAAGUCAUAUGAGGUGAUGACGGAUAAGGUAGAGGAGAAAAAUGAAAACUGAUCUCAACUCAACACUCUGAAAAUGAUUCCCUCCUUCCCUUCCUUCCCUCUUUCCUUUGACACUCAUGUAUUAUCAUUUGGUAGUGUUUUUGUUAUAAAGGCCUGCUCUGUCUCUUUUACUUCCCUUUGUCAAGUAUGCCAGAUUAUUGUCACUGGGUAGUGGAGGUAAUGGAGGAGUGAGAGUAACUCAAACUCAACUGGUUCAGGUUGGAGAGGCAAGUCCUCUGUUGGAAAAACCUACAGCUUUCAUCAUCCCUUAAUGUCUGCCAUCUUGGUGCACCCCUUGUGUGGUUCUGGAGCAGCAUGAGCUAUGACCCCAGGCUGACACAGACUCCUAUGACCACUCCCCACACACUGCAGUGGUGACCCAAGGGGAGAAGACCCAGGACCUAGCACCACAGGUACUGGGGCGGUCAGCUGUUAUUGGAUCCAGGUGUUUCCCAUAGCCCGGUAUUGUGCAGUGUGAAAAGAGACUGUUCUGUGCCCCGCAAGGAGCCUGCACCUAAAUGGGUCCAGUCAUGCCUCCCAGUAAGAAGCCAGAGGGCUCAGGAAUCAGCGUUUCCAGCGGCCUGAGCCAGUGUUACAGAAGCGGCGAUUUGCCCAAGGCACUCCACGAUGACGAUGACCUCGACUUUGCCUUGCCCACCAUCCGAUCGGAGAAGGGGGCGAUGGAAGACGAAGAGCUCACUAACUUGAACUGGUUGCAUGAGAGCAAGAACUUGCUAAAAAGCUUUGGGGAUUCGGUCCUCAGGAGCGUCAGCCCUGUUCAGGACCUUGGCGACGACACCCCGCCGUCCCCUGCUCACUCUGACGUGCCCUGUGAUGCCAGGCAGAACCCCAACUGCAAACCUCCAUAUUCUUUUAGCUGCCUCAUAUUUAUGGCCAUCGAAGACUCUCCCACAAAGCGACUCCCAGUGAAGGAUAUAUACAACUGGAUCUUGGAACACUUUCCGUAUUUUGCAAAUGCACCCACGGGGUGGAAAAACUCAGUGAGACAUAAUUUGUCAUUGAAUAAGUGUUUUAAGAAAGUGGAUAAAGACCGAAGCCAGAGUAUUGGAAAAGGGUCCUUGUGGUGUAUAGACCCAGAAUACAGACAAAAUCUCAUACAGGCCUUGAAAAAGACACCCUAUCACCCAUAUUCACAUGUGUUUAAUACACCUCCCACAUCUCCUCAGGCAUAUCAAAGCACAUCAGGUCCACCCAUCUGGCCGGGAAGCACCUUUUUCAAGAGAAACGGAGCCCUUCUACAAGAUCCUGACAUUGAUGCUGCCACUGCCAUGAUGCUUUUGAAUACUCCCCCUGAGAUACAAGCAGGUUUCCCUCCAGGAGUAAUACAAAAUGGAGCCCGGGUUCUGAGUCGAGGUAUAUUCCCUGGAGUUAGACCACUGCCAAUCCACCCCAUCGGAAUGGCGGCUGCUGUGAGGAAUGGCAUGACCAGUUGUCGGAUGCGGACAGAAAGUGAGCAGUCCUGUGGCUCUCCAGUUGUUAGUGGUGACCCAAAGGAAGAUCACAAUUAUAGCAGUGCCAAAUCUUCCAACCCCAGGAGCACCUCCCCAGCCAGUGACUCCAUUUCUUCUUCCUCUGCCGAUGACCAUUAUGAGUUUGCUACAAAGGGCAGCUGUGAGGGCAGUGAGAUUAGCUUCCAGAGUCACGAGAGCCAUAGUGAAACCGAAGAGGAUGACAGGAAGCAUAACAGAAAGGAGACCAAGGAUUCUUUAGCUGACAGUGGGUAUGCGUCACAGCACAAGAAAAGGCAGCAUUUAUCCAAGGUGAGGAAAGUCCCUAGUGAUACGCUGCCCCUUAAAAAGCGACGCACAGAGAAGCCCCCUGAGAGUGAUGAUGAGGAGAUGAAGGAAGCAGCUGGGUCUCUCUUACACUUAGCAGGAAUCCGAUCCUGCUUGAACAACAUCACCAAUCGGACGGCAAAGGGGCAGAAAGAGCAAAAGGAAACCACAAAAAAUUAAAACAAAUCAUUGAUUUGUUUUGAACUUAGUAAAAAAAAAUUUUGUUUCAGCACGUCAGGAGAAUUCUAAUGAUUUGUGGCAAUAUCAGCAAUUUUUUUCCCUUUUGGUUUGGUUUAAUUUUUUUUUUUUGGACCCUUAAGAUUUUUUAUUUUUAAAGGAGAUUGAAGCCAUAGAACUCGUACUGACACUCAGCUGUUUUACAAAAGCUUUUCAUUAUCUGAAGACAAAACCAUAAAAGCCAAAAUUUACGUUGCUUUCUCCAGCUUGUCAGAAUACAUGGUUGACUAUGCCGUGACACCCGCUUUAAUGCAAUGGAAGUACAAUUUGGCACCAGUUACCCCUUGGCACCUAGAGGAGAUGUGCACAAAUCAGUCAUUGGUCAGGCCCAACCCCUAGGAUUAAGAAAUUAAAAUGUUCACACGAUUGGGUUAAAGAUUUGAAUGUGAAUUAAGGAUAUUUGGGGAAAGCAGGAAGCCCUUCCAUCUCGACAGAACCGGGAACCAGUCAGGGGCACUGUGGGUUCCAGUGGUGACGUUGCAAGUUUGGAGUUGCCACAUGUCAGGCACGGUGGUUUCCUGCUUUUACAUACCCCGUGGCUUAGAAAUGUAAAGACUGAUACCUUUUUAAGUGGUGGAAAGUGAACUGUGUAUGUGAUGGGUUUCAGUGAAUGAUGAGAAAGAAAUAGGGCAAAUGGUUAGAGAUCUCACUAAUCAUUGAAUUCUGUCUUCUAUAGUAGAUUCAGAAGCCAUAAAUCCGAAGAUUGGCACUGCGUACAAAAAAUAACAAUAAUGCAGAGAACAAGCUAUGUCUUCUUAACUGCCUGAGUGAAAAGCAAUCAAGUCUAAGAAAUUACAGUAGAUAUUAAGGAAGGAAAUAAUGAUACAGCUUUUUUUCUGUGGAUCAAAAAAUAUUUGAUCUAGUUUUUAAAAAAUUUAGAAGCUACAAAACCUGCCAUUAGUAUUAUGAUGUGUUUAAAUAAAUUGUUUUCAAGGCAUAUUGGUGGACGAGAAAAUAAUAUCUACCAAAAAGAGCUCCUAAGCUGCCCUCAAAAUGGAGUUUGCAGUUAAUGUCAGUCAGGAUUCAUCUGUGCAAAAAUCAUUGAUUUUCAGAUUCACCCAGUGUAGCCAGCAAGAAUAUCUGAUCCACAGUGCAUGGAUUCCUUUGAGGAAAACAAAACAAGAAAUCACAAAAAAAAAAACAAAAAAACAAAAAAACAAAAAAAACUUUUUUUAUUCAAAGAUAACAAAGUUCUUGUAAGGUAAAUAAUGUAUUUAGCAUGAAGCAUGAAUUAUUUUCAUAUAAAUAUAGAAAAUAGAGAAAAGGCUAUGCCUCUAAUUUUUAAGCCUUUAGGCUUAGAAUUUUUUUGUUUUG